ACCCGGGGGAUACACAGCGACUAACGGUUAAGCUUAUACUUGGAAGUUUCCGUCGCCAUGGUUGCGAUUGUUCGAUUGGUAGCUGGCAAACGAUGUGAGUAUUUGCGAUCGGCCCAUGUGGGGAAAUGUCCAAGGGAAUGGAACCCACCUGGAAAGAUAGAGAGGCGUGGGGUGAGGGCCCUGAGGGAGGAAGUGGUAGGAAGAAAAGAAAAGGCGCGAUUGGCGAACAUGGGGAUAGAGGAGAGGAAGAAUCGAAUCGAAAGGAGGGGUCAAGUUUUAAGGCGGGAUUAGUGAGCGGAAUGAGGGGGAAAAACCGAUACUGGCCUGGGAAAUGUGGGGUCUUGCCCGAUGACGUUCAUCAUGGCUAACAUCUCGAAUUCACCCAGUUCCACCUACUACUUGAUCAGAACCAGUGGUGUCUUGGGCCUAGGUUUCAAGCGAUA